AUGAAUAUACUGAAAUUUCAUACGUGAAUAUUUUGUUGAUAAAGACACAUAUUUUUCUCUAUGAUGAUACGAAUUCCGCUUAUAGAUAUCAAUACUCUGAAAAGAGUUCAGACCUUUGGCUUGUUGUUACUGAGAUACUGUAUUUUUUUUAAUACAAUGCCCUGCUCCUCCUCAUAGAAACAUUAGAAAAACUGAUUUUGAAAUUUUGACUUGAAACUUUGCAUAGAGAUAGGCCUUAAUAAGAAUAGGUUAUUAUGAAAAUUUUAGAUUUUUUCUUUGUUUCUAUCUUAAGAUACGGCUAUAGUAAAUGUUUGUUUCUUACAUCACUCAUAUACACAUCGAUCGAUUCGAUGUUCUUUAAUGAUAGGAACAAAUCAAAAGGCCUGAUAAUUUCACGAUAAACUAUUCUCGUUAAGAUUUGUCUAUGACUAUCGAUCCAAACCCUUUUCAAACUAAUGAUAGCUCAUUAGGUUCUACAUGAUGUACAUAGUUUCCACUCUAGAAGUAAUUAAUUAGUUGGGGAACUUGUCGCUUUCAAUGAGAAAAUCAUAUUAAAUGCUUUUACGCUUAAUAAAUCUGUUUUUUCUUUUCAUUCAGAAUGUUAGUCGUUAUAUGGCUGAUGAAUGUAACUAUGGAGACUGAUAAGUUUGUUUUUCUAUUUAAAAUCUCUUUAUCUUUGUUUUUUUUCGUUUUUUAACAGUAGCUGAUGAUUGGGAUCGUCAAUGUUUAUGUGUUGUUCUUAAAGACUUUUACAAUCUACAAGUAGCUGAAAUUGUUAAACAUAAAUUAUCAUCAAGCAGUUUUUAUUAUGUAUUGGCAAAAUGUACUGAUGAGGAAUAUAUUGAAUUUAUUUAA